AUGUUUUUUAUUACAAGACAUUGGAAUAAAUGCGUACGAAAUGAUAUAUCAUUAUCUAUUUUUUCACGUACGUUUUUUACGAGUCGAAUUAUUAGAGAAGAAGUAGAAAUUGAAAUUGAUGGAAAACCUGUUAUGAUUGAGCAAGGAUCGGCAUUAAUACAGGCAUGUGAAAAAGCAGGAGUACAGAUUCCCCGGUUUUGUUAUCAUGAACGUUUACAAAUAGCCGGAAAUUGUCGAAUGUGUCUUGUUGAAGUAGAAAAAACACCCAAACCAGUUGCUAGCUGUGCAAUCCCAGUACUUCCAGGGAUGAAAGUAAAAACUAAUUCACCGAUGGUUUACAAGGCACGGGAAGGAGUUAUGGAGUUUUUACUUGCAAAUCAUCCUUUAGAUUGCCCUAUAUGUGAUCAGGGCGGAGAAUGCGAUCUUCAAGAUCAGUCUAUGCGUUAUGGAGCGGAUCGAGGGCGAUUUUAUGAAUACACAGGAAAACGUGCAGUUGAAGAUAAAGAUCUUGGUCCUCUUAUAAAAACUGCAAUGACAAGAUGUAUUCAUUGUACCCGGUGUGUUCGUUUUAUUAAUGAACUCGCUGGUGCCACAGAAUUAGGUACUACUGGGAGAGGAAGUGAUAUGCAAAUAGGAACAUAUCUCGAAAAUCAUCUCAAUUCAGAAUUAUCAGGAAAUAUUAUUGAUUUAUGUCCAGUAGGAGCACUUACAUCAAAACCAUAUGCUUUCCGUGCACGUCCAUGGGAAUUAAAACGAACAGACUCCAUCGACAUACAUGAUGCAGUUGGCUCUUCUAUUUCUAUAAAUAGUCGUGGAUUAGAAAUUAUGAGAAUUUUGCCAAGACUUAAUGAUGAUGUUAAUGAAGAAUGGAUCAAUGAUAAAACACGAUUUGCAAAUGAUGGAUUAAAAGUUCAGCGUUUACAAGUUCCCCUUAUUCGUAGAAAUGAUAAAUUUGUUCCAGCAACGUGGGAUCAGGCAUUAUCCGAAAUUUCAUCAGCCUAUAAGCGUAUUUCUCCUAUAGGAGAUGAAUUUAAAGCUAUUUCAGGACAUCUAGCAGAUGCUGAAUCACUUAUAUGUUUAAAAGAUUUAGCAAAUCGUUUAGGAUCAGAAAAUCUUGCUCUUGAUCAACCCGAAGGAAAUAAGCCCCUUCCUCAUGGAGUUGAUAUUAGAACUAACUAUUUAUUUAACUCAACGAUACGAGGAAUUGAACAAGCGGGUUUUAUUUUGCUUGUUGGGACAAAUCCUCGUCACGAAGCAGCUGUUCUUAACUCUAGAAUUAGAAAGUCUUGGCUUCGUUCUAAUAAUAUUGAAAUUGCUAUGGUUGGAGAAAAUUCAUCAACUACUUAUGACUAUAAAUAUAUUGGACAUAAUGCAAUCGCAUUAAAGAAUGCAUUAAAUGGUGACAUUGGGAAAAAAUUAAAAGAAGCGGAAAGACCUAUGAUUAUUAUUGGAAGCGCAGUCUCAGAACAGCCUGAUGCCCGCUUUAUCUAUGAAACCAUUGGAAAAUUUGUUAUUGAAAAUAAAAAUAAAUUUUUAACACCUGAAUGGAAUGGAUAUAAUGUUUUGCAAAGGGCUGCAUCUAGAAAUGCUGCAUAUGAUAUAGGAUUUGUAACAUUCUCACCUAAAACAGCAAAAGUUAAACCAAAAUUUAUAUACCUUCUUGGUGCAGAUGAGCUUACUGACAAUGAUAUUCCAAAAGAUUCAUUCGUUGUAUAUCAAGGACACCAUGGAGAUCUUGGUGCACAAUAUGCAGAUGUAAUUCUACCUAGUUCUGCAUAUACAGAGCAGUCAGGAACCUAUGUUAAUGUCGAGGGAAGAGCUCAAGUCACACGAGCUGCGAUAAAUUCUCUGGGUGUUGCUCGAGAAAAUUGGAAAAUAAUCAGAGCAUUAUCUGAAUACCUUAAUGUAACGCUUCCAUACGAUGAUAUUCGUGGUGUACGCAAUAGAUUGAAUGAAAUUGCACCUUCUUUAACUCGAUAUAACGUUAUCGAAUUUUGUUCUAUGCCAGAUCUCGGUAUGAAAAUACAAAUUCAUGAUCAUAACAAAGGAUCAGAAGCAUCAGGUCAUAGACUUGUCAAUCCAAUUACAGAUUUUUAUCUAACAGAUGUUAUUUCACGAAACUCAAAAACAAUGGCAAAAUGUUCUCUCCAUUUUUCAAAAAAAAUAUCGCAAGAAAAAUCUAUUCAAAAAGCUUUAUAG